UGGUUGGUCAGUGAGAAGCGCACACGGCGCAGCGCACUCCUGGAGCACUGAACAUAGUCACAGUGGAGCACAUUCCAGGAGCACUAGACGAAGACACGGCGCAGUGCGCUCCUGGCGCACUGAACGAAGACGCAGUGCAGUGCACUUGUGGAGCACUAGAUGAAGUCACAGUGCAGCGCACUCCUGAAACCAUAGACAAAGUCGCAGCGGAGCACAUUUCUGGAGCACUAGACGAAGACACAGCGCAGCGCGCUCCUGGAGCACUAGACGAAGUCGCACCGCACUGCACUGCUGGAGCACUAGACGAAGUCGCACCGCACUGCACUCCUGGAGCACUAGACGAAGUCGCACCGCACUGCACUCCUGGAGCACUAGACGAAGUCGCAGCGAGGCGCGACUCCUGGAGCCUUACAAGUCGAGGAUUUGAUUCAGAUUAUUCCAGAGGUGUUAGUAAUCCAGUUUAACCCAUCAAAGCCACUGUCUUUAGUCUGGCUUAUUUCCAUUGUACUCCUUAUUAUCAAGACACUGAAGAUUCUUCGGGUUAACCCAAGAUAAGCCAAGACAAGCCAAGUUAGCCAAGACAAGCCAAGCCAAUCAUUGUACCCUCGUUACGUGUUGAGUGAGAAGCAAUUGAUCAGUCUGAUGUUCUUCAGUUGUUUACAUAUAUAUUUUUAAUUACCCCAAGAUUUUCAUAAAAAAAACAGAAAAAUUAAUCGUCCCACCGGUGAGACAGCUGUGAGACAGCUGUGAGACAGCUGUGAGACAGCUGUGAGACAGCUGUGAGUCAGAGCUGUGAGACAGAGAGCUGUGAGACAGAGAGCUGUGAGACAGAGAGCUGUGAGACAGCUGUGAGACAGAGCUGUGAGACAGAGAGCUGUGAGACAGAGAGCUGUGAGACAGCUGUGAGACAGACAGCUGUGAGACAGCUGUGAGGAAUGAUCAUAGCAGCAGGUGGAACAGCGGCUGUACCGACGCUGACAGUGCUUCAAUAGUGGAACAUUGUAUACAUGGGAACCCACCACUACUAGCCAACUACUAGCCCACCACUACUAGCAUACUACUAGCCAGCCACUACUAGCAUACUACUAGCCCACCACCACUAGCAUACUACUAGCCCGCCACUACUAGCAUACUACUAGCCCACCACUACUAGCAUACUACUAGCCCGCCACUACUAGCAAACUACUAGCCCACUACUACUAGCAAACUACUACUAGCCCACCACUACUAGCCCACUACUAGCAAACUACUACUAGCAAACUACUAGCCCACCACUACUAGCCCACUACUACUAGCAAACUACUACUAGCCCACCACUACUAGCCCACUACUAGCAAACUACUACUAGCCCACCACUACUAGCCCACUACUACUAGCAAACUACUACUAGUCCACCACCACUAGCAAACUGCUACCAGCCCAUUACUACUAGCAAACUACUAGUAAACCACCACUACUAGCAAACUACUACUAGCCCAGCACAACCCACCCACGCCCGGACCAACCAUGACUCCAUACGGGAUUUGUCAUCUGCUAAUGUUGAUGGUGGUGAUCGUGCCAGCGCUUCCUCAACUGGCCAUUCCACGCGAUGCUGGUGGCCAUGGUGGCGGCCAUGGUGGUGGCCAUGGUGGAGGCUAUGGUGGUGGCCAUGGUGGCGGCCAUGGUGGAGGCUAUGGUGGUGGUGGAGGAUAUCAUCCUUCUCCAUGCCAUCCUCAGACCAUUACGAAGUAUAACACCGUAUACAAGGACCGUAAAGCAGAUGUGGUGAAUAAUAUGGAGGUACGUAAGCCAAAGCCACAUAUUAAGAAGAUCGUUGAAACCCGGUACACCACACUGAGAUACCCUGUGUUUAUUACCCAGGUGAUCAAGCCAUUACUAACCCAAGUGGAGACCAAGGUACAGCCGGUGUUCCUCACCAAGACCAUUGAUCGCUACACCACCGUUAAAUUUACCGUCACUGGCAUCGGCCAGGUCACCAUCACCACCGUCAGAUUUGAGAAGGAGUACAUUACUCGCUGCAUGAAAAAGGGCUAUGGACAUCAUCGCGAGAAUUCUGAUGGCCCCGAAGUCCGUGAAAGUGGAGAUGCUGAAGUCACCUCUGUCCCCACCCACGCCACUCAGAUACCAACGCCGCCAGCUGGCGUUCCCUGGGGUUCACCCGUAGAACCUCCUGGCAAGGAAAUCACGCCUUCGGCAGCAUAUAAUGCGCAAGAAACAAGACUUCAUCGUCCGAACUCUCCUCUGGACACUAAUGGCAGGUUUGGUCCGCCAUACCGGAAAGUGAGAACACAGAGACCAUUAUCACCGCGACCUGUGGGUCCACCUGGGACAUUUGGGAGGUUCGGUGCUGUGGUUCAAUAUGAUAGAACCCUCGCAGGAUCUAAACGCGAUUUUUCGGAAGAAGCGGUCCUGUCUCACCCGCCGCUACGCCGACCUCCAGUGGCCGUCAUUGGCUGACUGAACCACUGUACUCAUCAAGUUGUACUCACCUAGUUGUACUCACCUAAUUGUACUCACCUAGUUGUACUCACCUAGUUGUACUCACCUAGUUGUACUCACCUAGUUGUACUCACUAAGUUGUACUCACUUGUAGUCACCUAGCUGUGUUUGCGGGGUGAAGAUAGCUCCUGGCCCCGCCUCCUAGACUAUUUUCAUUGGCAUCCCCUUUUAGGUCUUACCAUAUCUAUUCUUGAAGCUGUGUAUUGAGUUUGCCUCCAGCACUGCCUCAUCCAAGUCAUUCCAGUUUUCGACCAUCCUGAGACUAAAGAAAUACUUCCUAACAUCACUAUGACUGAUCUGUGUGUUCAGUUUCCACCUGUGUCACCUAGUUCCUGGUCCUCUUAAUUAAAGAGACCGAACUGCCCUAUAAAUUUCUCUAAAUAUUUUGUAUGUCGUAAUCAUGUCUCCUCAUGUCCUUCUCUCCUCUGAGGUGGUCAGGGUCAGUUCCUUCAACUUCUCCUAGUAGUACAUCCCUCUCAGUUCCGGUACUAGUCUGGUUGCUAACCUUUGGAUCUAGUUUCUUCAGGUGCUUGACCAGGUGUGGGCUCCAUGCUGGGGCUGUGUACUCAGUGACUGGCUUAACGGAUGUCGUGUAUAAGGAUUCUUUAUUCGAGUUCCUGAACGUUAUCCUGAAGUUU